AUGGUCGUUCUCAAUGACACAGAGAAUAAACAAGUUGGCACAGCCACAGCAUCAUCAUCGGGUGCCUGUUUCAAGAAAACAACAACUACAACCAACAACAAAUCCCUCCACCAUACACCAUCGGAGACAUCUUCAAGUGUAUUUCAAAAUAAACAACAGGAUGACACCUCAGCUUCAAGAGCAUCGACCACUUCCUCCUCUUCCACAACCACCACUUCCACCACAAGGAAUCAAACGACAAAUUCAAGUUCGGAACCUGAUGAGGACUUGCAAAUUGUCCUCCAACAUCAAAGUUAUCAUUCAAAAAUUGGGACCGUCUUGGCCAUACUGCCCAUCGUUUUUGGAACAGCCUUUUGUUGGGAGAGAGGUUUAUACACCUUCUAUAUAUCGACCAUCAUUGAGCAUUGUGUUCAUUAUACCGUCAAUUAUUUUAUUGGGCGCGUCCAAUCAUUAAGGAUCUUCUCUACGAUUAAUACAAUCCGUGUGCUCAUGGUGGCACUGAAUCAUAUCUCUCUACAGGUGUAUUAUGGUCCAUUUGUGGCCUUUCAUGUAUUUACAGUGUAUAAGAUUGUGAUCACGACCAUGAUGUGGUACUAUGAUAUGAAAUUUACUUUGCUUAAUGGAUCGUUUCAUAUCAUUAGUGCUGUGAUGGGAAAGUAUAUAGCCUUGAUGAACGAAUCUCACAUGUUGAGUGAUUUGGAAAUUAUGUUUUGCUACAGAUCCAUAUUUGAGGUUUUUGUAUUAUUAACGACGGUCCUCAUUUCGUCUCUUUUGUUCUCUCAACACAUGAACCAAACGAAUGAGCAGUACACGCGACAACAAAUAGAAAUUACAAAAGAGAGAGUUCGAAACACAGAAAAGACCAAAUUUAUUGCCAACUUGAGUCACGAGGCAAGAAACCCUCUGCAUGGCAUUCUUGGUAGUUUACAACUGCUUCGACAUGAUGUACUAAAGAAGGACGAAAUAUGUGAGCAGGGAUGCGAACAUUGUCUCCUUAAAAACAAUUCCACAUCAGAGCUAUUUCAAGAUAUUGAAGAGAAUUCUAAAACACUUCUUCAUAUAUUGUCAUCAUCAUUGCACAGGAGUAAUUUUGAGCUUGGAAAAAUUAACUUGAAGAUUGAGCCGUUUAAUGUGAUGUGUCUCAUAGAAUCCAUUACCUCUGUAUUUUCACAGCUUGCUCUUGAAAAGAGCCUCACACUUCAUUCGUUUUUUGAUGUGAAAAACGUUCCAAUCUUUUUGAAAGGAGACUCUACUCGAAUAAGUCAGGUUGUGAUGAAUUUAGUUUCAAAUUCCAUCAAAUACACUUCGAAAGGGUUUGUCAAGCUUACAUGUGAACUAGCCUCCGAAGAGGAUCUGAAAAAGACUGAUCUAUCUAUCAGAAAAUUAUCAAAGACAGAACCAGAUGAAACCGUAUUCAUCAAACUUGAAUGUCAAGAUACUGGACGAGGUAUUCCAGAAUCGCAAUUACAAAAUAUUUUCCAACCCUAUCACAUGAUUGAAGAAACCACACUUUCAAAGAAACCAGAAGAGUUUGAGCGAUAUUUCAAACAGGCUGAGCUUAUUAGUGGAGGAAAUAGUCUUUUGAUUCAUACCUAUAGAAAUGGAUUAGGAUUGAGUAUUUCCAAGUUCAUUAUUGAGAAAAUGAACGGUACGGUCACAGUAACCAGCAGGGAGGGACAAGGAACGACAUUUACGGUCAUCCUUCCAUUACGAAAAUUUGUGGGUGAAAUCCCCGAGAAAGGGUCUGUUGUGAAUCCUGACAAUGCUCAUGAAAUUUUACAUUACGAAGCGGAAACAGGUCAAAAAAUUAAGGUGCUUAUAUUUGAUCCUGAUGAUUGUUUUAGAGAGGUGUUAAAGAGAUAUUUAAGGUUGUUCAAGAGAGUAGAUAGCAUUGAAGAAUAUACUAGCUUUGAAAAUUUUGAUCUUAAAAACUAUUUAGCAAAAGAUGAAGCAAUUCUGGAGGGAGAAAGGAAAUGUCAUGACCACGGUUCUCGCAACAAUACCUUAAUCGUAUGUUUGGAGCAGUACUAUGAACAAUUGAGUAAUUUAUUCCAAUCGAAGCAGAAUGGAGAACAUGCCACAGUGGUAGUGCCAGCUGUUCCCAGAGGCCGAAACAGAGCAUUCGAAAAGAUCAAGUACUUGUCGAAACCAAUCAAAUUUGCCGACUUGUUUGACAUUAUCUCAGAUCCACGAUUCUCAAGCUCGCCGCCUCUACGCACUCCUCCCUCAUCUAUCUUAAAGACACACAGGAAAAGCAUUGUUGAACUGGAUUCUCAAACUGCUGCCUCUCUUGCACCGCUCAUGAACAUGGAAUUUGAUAGCGAAGUAUUAUCGAAACCAAUCUUGGCCGUCGAUGAUAAUGGAGUUAACAGAAAGAUACUUUUUAAAAUGCUCAAAAUUUUGGGAUUUAAAGAAAUCGAUCUUGCAUGUGAUGGUAUGGAGUGCUUCAACAUGUUUAAAAAGAAGACGUAUUGUAUGAUAUUGUUGGAUUGUGUCAUGCCUAUUUUGAGCGGAAAAGAAGCAUGUGAAAUGAUUCGAAACUAUGAAAAACAAAAUGAACUCGAGCAUGGACCCAACACUCAUGUUCCCAUCAUUGCCGUCACUGCCAACACAUGGGAGACAAAGGAACAUCUGCUCUCUCAAGGUUUCGAUAGUGUCAUGUACAAACCAAUUGCAAUGGAACAGUUGAAAGCAGAAAUGCUGAAGGUCCUAUCCAUCAAUAAUGACCCGAAAGUGACCUCAGAGUCAGGGCAAUAA